CUGAUGAGCACAUGAAUGACACAGUUAAUAACGCAGAUCAAGCAGACUGCAGUGACCUUUCAGAGCAUAGCAAGCCUGACAAAGAAGAUGAUUCUAUGGAGGUGGAGCUCUCCGGAGUCAGCAAUAGCAGCAGUGGUUCCAACAAAUUGGACGACAAUGUUCCAAGUAGUAAUAAUUCCACCUUGGGUACCUCAGCUACCACAACCUCACUACCUCAAGUAAAGGAUCUGACAACCUUGGGGAAUUUUUCUGUAAUAAAUAGCAAUGUUAUCAUUGAGAAUCUUCAGAGUACAAGGGUGGCAGUGGCACAGUUUUCCCAAGAAGCCAAAUCUACAGGGGCACCCAAAAAUAAGCUGGCUGUGCCUGCACUCAUGGAGCAGCUUCUGGCAUUGCAGCAGCAGCAGAUACAUCAGUUGCACCUAAUAGAGCAAAUUCGUCACCAAAUAUUACUGCUGGCAUCACAGAAUGCAGAAAUACCUGCAUCUACGAGUGGGCCUCAGGCGCCAUUGAUGGUAUCAGCCACUCCAUUAACCACGCUGAGCUCCCACCUGUCCCAGCAGUUGGCUGCAGCAGCUGGCUUAGCACAAAAUCUUGCAAGCCAGUCUGCCAGCAUCAGUGGUAUGAAACAAUUAUCCUCAAUACAGCUACCUCAGAGCAGCCCAGGCAACACAAUUCCAUCCACCAAUACAUCUUCUCCCAGCAUGAAUGCAUUAUCUGCAGUAGUUACCACACCUUCAUUAGAGAAAGCCCCUUUAAACACUGGUGGCUCACAGCCCAGUAAUCCACCAGCACCUGUUACAUCCGCACCAACAUUUGCAAUAAGCAGUUUAUUGAGUCCUGCGUCCAAUCCACUACUACCUCAACCUGCCACCAAUAACCCAAUUUUUCCGAACACCUUGCCCAGCAUAGGAACAACAGCAGAGGACCUUAACUCCCUGCGAAAAGGGAAGCCCCCAAACGUGACCACUUUUGAAGCAAAGAGCUCAUCUGAUGAAGCUUUCUUUAAACACAAAUGUAGGUUUUGUGCAAAGGUAUUUGGCAGUGACAGUGCCUUGCAGAUCCAUCUUCGUUCUCACACUGGUGAAAGGCCAUUUAAAUGUAACAUCUGUGGAAACAGGUUCUCCACCAAAGGGAAUCUAAAAGUUCACUUUCAACGACACAAGGAGAAAUAUCCUCAUAUACAGAUGAAUCCAUACCCUGUCCCUGAACACUUAGACAAUAUGCCUACAGAUACAGGAAUUCCAUAUGGGAUGUCAAUCCCACCUGAGAAGCCAGUAACAAACUGGUUGGACACUAAACCGAUUCUAACAACACUGACCACGUCAGUGGGUAUGCCACUCCCACCAACAAUUCCAAGCUUGACACCAUUUAUUAAAGCAGAGGAAACCCAGCCUGUUUCCUUAAUUCAGCCUACUGUUAGUCCCUGUGAUUCAGUAAAAAGAGAUAUACCAGCUGCAGAGCCAGUUCAAAAAAAAAAUGACAGUCUUCCCGAUGAGGCCAACAAAUUGGCAAAACCGGAAGACAAAAGUGAAGAGCUGUCUCAGCAUUCGAACAGUUUCUCCAAUUUUAACACAUCUGUCUGUUCUCCUGCAGCUGAGACAGGACCCAUUAGCACUGCCACUUUCCCAAACCCACUUUUGCCUCUGAUGUCAGAGCAAUUCAAAGCAAAAUUUCCAUUUGGAGGACUUCUGGAUGUAGCACCUGCAUCAGAGACUUCAAAACUUCAACAACUUGUAGAGAACAUUGACAAAAAGGCAAGUGACCCAAAUGAGUGUGUUAUUUGUCACAGAAUUUUAAGUUGCCAGAGUGCUCUAAAAAUGCACUACAGGACACACACCGGAGAAAGACCAUUUAAAUGUAAAGUCUGUGGCCGUGCUUUUACAACAAAGGGUAACUUAAAGACCCAUUAUAGUGUCCACCGUGCCAUGCCACCUCUUAGAGUCCAACAUUCAUGCCCCAUUUGUGAAAAGAAAUUUACCAAUGCUGUUGUACUACAGCAGCACAUCAGGAUGCAUAUGGGAGGCCGCAUACCAAAUCUUCCUGUUCCUGAAAAUUAUCCUGAUUCUAUAGAAUCUGAUACUGGGUCAUUUGAUGAGAAAACUAUAGAUGAUCUAGACAACUUCUCUGAUGAAAACAUGGAAGAUUGUCCUGAUAGCAGUGUCCCAGACACGCCUAGAUCUUUAGAUGCAUCCCACGAUAGUCUUUCUUCCUCACCAUUGCCCCCUGAAAUAUCUAGUAUUGCUGCUUUGGAGAAUCAGAUGAAGAUGAUCAGUGCUGGGCUUGCUGAGCAACUUCAAGCUAGCCUAAAGUCUACGGAGAAUGGCUCUGUUGAGGGUGAUGGUAUGACUAAUGACUCCUCAUCUCUUGGAGGAGAUAUGGAUAGCCAGGGUGCUGAAAGCCCAGCUCCCUCUGAGUCUACUUAUUCAAUGCAUGCUUUAUCACCUUCAAACAGCACAAAUGACUACAUAAAGUCACCAAACACAGAAGAAAAGCAACAAAGAGCUUUGCCUCCAGAAUUUCCCAAUGGAAUGUCACCCACUCCUGCUAAUGGAGGUGCUUUGGACUUGACUUCCAGUAACACAGAUAAGUUUGUGAAAGAAGAACCUUUGGGUUUACUUUUUCCAUUCAGAGAGCGGAGUAAAUUCAAGAACACAAUCUGCGAUAUUUGUGGCAAAACAUUUGCAUGUCAGAGUGCCUUGGACAUUCAUUACAGAAGCCAUACCAAAGAGAGACCAUUUAUUUGUACAGUUUGCAAUCGUGGCUUUUCCACAAAAGGUAAUUUGAAGCAGCACAUGCUGACACACCAGAUGCGAGAUCUGCCAUCGCAGCUCUUUGAACCUAGCCCCAACUUGACCAACUCUCCUGCUCCUCCACCUCCCAAUCCACUGGCGACCAUAAUAAAGACUGAGUUUAAUGGUUUCAUGCAUGGCUCUCCUCAGGACAAUAAAGAACAGACUUCUAGUAUAAUUUCUUCAGGAUCUUUACCAUCUUCCGCCACAUCCCCAGUUCUCCUUCCAAGCAUGUCCAGAAGGACUCCCAGGCAGCAUUACUGCAAUGCAUGUGGAAAAUCCUUCUCUUCCUCCAGUGCUUUACAAAUACAUGAGCGGACCCACACUGGUGAAAAACCAUUUGCCUGCACAAUCUGUGGAAGAGCAUUUACGACAAAAGGCAACCUUAAGGUAAACUUCUAUAUAUAUAUAUAUUUUUUUAUUUUUGCAUGUCUACAAAACUUAGUGUAAGUGAUUUUACUAUAUUUUAUACAGUUCCAUAGGUGUAGUCAUUACUAAACUGAUAUUUUGAUAUACUCACUUUACCAAAAAUGAUAAAUCAAUGGGAUGACAUUGCUCAGAACCCUACCAAUUCUUCUACAUUUCAUUUCAGUUAUUGGUUGCAGUCUACCCAUAUGAAGCUCCAUAGCGAAUUACUAAUGAAUUGAGCUGAACCCCCUUAUCUGCAAACCUAAACAGUCUAUUGCAUUUUCUUGAGUGAUUUAAAUUAAAGAAAAUCAAACACAAACCAUCAGCAUUAAGUCAAAUCCUUAGAUUAUAGUAUAAAUCCUCACCUUGAAAUUUAUCAAGUUCUCAGGUUAAGCAUUUUCAUCAUGAUAAAUAUACCCAAAUCUAGGUAUUGCUAGUAUAACUAGUAAUGACUCAUAUGAAAUCUUAUCACAUUAUUGAUCAAUUACUUGUUUAUCAUACUAUUCUGCCACUUAAGACCCUUGUGAUUUGACGUCUCCUACUCCUUUAGCGUAGCAGGGUUCUAUAGAGAUGAUAUAUGCAUUUUAUAAAAGGUAAUUCUUCCCAGCAUAUAACUUUUUAUGGAUCAAAAAUUACACGAAUUGUCAAUAUCACUUAAAAAGCUAGAGAAAUUAUGAACACAUAUCUGUAAUCAGAACACGAAGGUGGUGUAUUUCUAUUGGUUAAACCUAUUAAUGAUCAAGAUUCAAAAGUGGCAGUUACAAAUGAAUGGACAAUCUAUGUCCUCUCCCUAAUUUGUGCAUUUUGACUGCAUGUUUGCAUCUGGAAAAAAUUAUCCUAUAACUUUACAGUUUAUUGUUGUGGAGUUUUUUCCUUUUUUUUUUUUUUUUUUUUGUGUUUUUUUUUUGAGCCUGCAGUUGGUAAAAAGUAAAACUGCAGAUUAUUUAAGUUUAAGUUUAAAAAAAUUGUACAAAAUUUUCAGCUCCUACAGAAGGCAAACUUUCUUGUCUUUUGUGGCUUUAAAAAAAAAACAUUUUUCUCGUUCUUUCUCUUGUGGUGAAGAUGCCAGCCAUUCCUGAUGCCAGUUUGCCUAAUGCUAGUUUAGCUGAAAAAGGAUCCACUGAAAACCAUUUUAACAGGUCCUAUAUAUUUACUUACUGGGUAAAUAAAAUUAAUACCCAUCAAUUAAAUUUUGACCAUUAUUAACAUGGUCCCAUGUGAUGCCACAUCACAAGGGUCUUAAGUAGCAGAGUAGUAUGAUAAACAAGUAAUUGAUCAAUAAUGUGCUAAGAUUUCAUAAGACCCAUAUAUAUAUGUAUGUGAGUGUGCGUGUGUGUAUGUGUAUAUAUGUAGUUUUAAAAUUUCAUAAGACUCAUAUAUGCAUAUAUGGGUCUUAUGAAAUCUUAGCAUGUUAUUGAUCAAUUACUUGUUUAUCAUACUACUCUGCUACUUAAGACGUAUGAAUGUGUGUGUGUGUGUAUAUGUGUGUAUGUGUAUAUAUAUAUAUAUAUAUAUAUAUAUAUAUAUAUAUAUAUAUAUAUAUAUAUAUAUAUAUAUAUAUAUAUGUAUGUGUGUAUGUAUAUGUAUGUGUGUGUAUAUGUGUGUAUAUAUGUAUAUAUAUGUAUGUAUAUAUAUAUGUAUAUGUGUAUAUAUAUGUAUGUGUAUAUAUAUAUGUGUGUGUAUAUAUGUAUGUAUGCACUCACGGAUUUCCAAAAAAUAAUUAAAAAGAUGAAAUUUUAUUAAUCCAUAUGUUAAAAAAGCUGCUUCAACGUUUCAGUCCUUGUCUGGGACUUUCUUCCUUUUUUUUUUUUUUUUUUUUUUUUUUUUUUUUUUUUUUUUUUUUUUUUUUAAAGCUUGUUGUAGUUUCUAUGACGCCUGAAGCUUCUCAGUUUAUUUUAGCUUUAUUUGACAAAACAUGAACUGAGACUACAGGAAUCCUUUCUUAAUGCUUUAUAGUUGCUUCCCAGAAUAAACACUGAAAAUCAUGAAAGGGUUGAAAAUAAGGUUUAAGCAUUAGUUGAGUAUAUGCAGACUUGCUCAUCUAUCUUAAUUUUAUUUUGAAAGUAUGAAUCUGGUGUGUGUUUCCUUUUAACUUGAGUCAUUAGCAGCAGUAAGUCUUAAAAUGUAUUUUAAUAAAUGGUUGCAUAUGUUUCUUCCUUUUAAACUACCCUUUACCCUCUAGUCCUUUUUAUAAAAUGGUGAUCUAUUCAGACAAUCCAGAAUUUUGUGUAUUCAUUAAAUAUAUAAUUGAUUUUUAUUUUUUUAUUUUUUAUUUUUAUAUUUAGUGCUGAAAGUCUAGAAUAUAUGGAAGUGUAUAUAUUUUAGCUAUAUCUCAGACAAAUUUUACUUUUAACAAACAAUACUUUAAAAAAUUAAAGUCUGGGCUUUUGUUGCAAAUGUCCAAAUUGGGCCUUCUCUAACUCCGUUUUGGCCUAAUGUUUGCAUUUCCUUUCUAAAUUUUCAACAAUCUCCAGUGAAUAAUUCAAUGUGAAUACCUUGAAAAGCUGGAUUUUUCUUUAACUUAAGUGUUUUGAUGAAGACACUGCAAGUCCUCAGCUUCUCUGACUCUAGUUCUUAAACAGUAGCAAAGCACUUAAAUGUGUAUACAUAGUGUUGACAGAUAAUUUCUCCAGAGAUUGCUGUCAGACAUGUGAGAUGAAUAAUUACUUUAAAACUAUCCCGUUCAAGGAAGAAUUCAGCGAACAAUUAGAAUUAUGAUCUAUUUUGUUGUUGUGCGUGUUUCCUUAAAUAGUGGUUCCCCUCUUACAGAUUUUAUUUGUAUUUUUAUAUUUAUAUAUAUAUAUAUAUAUAUAUAUAUAUAUAUAUAUAUUUCACUAAAGUUAGUUUUUCUUGCAAGCCAACUUAAAAAAAAAAGAUUGAAAAUUUUGAAUUGUGCAUUUAUUUUUAAUUGUUUAAUUCCAAGGAUUUAUUUUCAUUAAUGGGCCUAAAGCUAAUAAAUCACAUGCAAAUUUAUGCUGCGUUACUUAAGCAAAUGCAGAGGCAACAUGCAUACAUUUGUGGCAUGAUUCUUUAGGAAAGUUUCACCCAUCCUUGUCCGUUCACUGCAACUCACUGUUUAGUGAAUAAACACGUGUUGUUCACAGUAGAUUUUGGCUGGUGUGUGUUCCUUUCUGCUCAUGGCCUUAUAACAAUGGACCUUUUGAACUGAACGUAAACAGCCAUCCAUGUACAAUAGAAUGUUUGUUUGUAUUUGUCAAUUUUAGUAAAUGUCAAUUGUUUUGCUGGAACCAACUGAUUAAAUUUACUUUUCUUUUAUGGGUUUAGGAUAGUCUGUCAUUUAUUUAUUUUUCAUUUGUAUUAAAAUAAAUUACAAAAUGUUCUCUUAUUUGCAUUUAGGUACAUAUGGGAACUCACAUGUGGAAUACCACACCUGCAAGGAGAGGAAGAAGACUUUCUGUGGAUGGACCCAUGGCUUUUAUAGGAGGAAACCCUGUAAAGUUUCCUGACCUCUUCCAGAAGGAUGUGGUUGCAAGGACUGGAAAUGGGGAUCCAUCAAGCUUCUGGAACCAGUAUGCCGCAGCAUUGUCAAAUGGCUUGGCCAUGAAGACCAACGAGAUCUCCGUCAUUCAGAAUGGUGGCAUUACUCCAAUGACUGGAAGCUUGGGAAAUGGUGGGAGUUCUCCAAUUGGUGGCUUGACUGGAAGCCUAGAAAAACUCCAGAGUACAGAACCAAAUGCACCUCUAGCUGGUCUGGAGAAAUUGGCGAGCAGUGAAAAUGGGACAUCUUUCAGAUUUAUGCGUUUUGUGGAGGACAACAAAGAAAUUGCCACAAACUAGCACAUUUACUCUGAGGACACAAGAUGCAGCCACGGGUUGCUGGUUUUUUUGUUUUUUUGUUUUUUUUUGUACCAUGUUAAAAUUCUAGAGUUUUAAGUGCGUGUAUUUAUUAGUGAUAACCUAGCUCUGCAUAAAAAAAAAAAAAAAUGCAAGCAUUAACUUUGGUCUCUGUAUUUUGAACUGAAUACUAAUAGACUAGAGUUGUGUAAAUUUGCUGUAACAUUUAUGGCAACUUGCAAUCUUGAUAGUUGAUCUUUGGCAUUAACUUAUUUUAUAUAUUCUAGGUUAACAUGGUUCCUGGUGUUAAUGCAUAAAGCAACAUGGGAAAUGGACUUUAUGUAUUGUAAAAUAAUGCACAUUUUAAGGAACAUUUAUUUCUCAUUUGCAAAUAACUUUUUGGCGAGGAGUUGAAGAGGAUGAUUGCAAGACUGUACCGUGCAAACGUGGACACUUUGGAUUUAAAUUUUUUUUUUUUUUUUUUAAGGCUUGUGUUUUUUAAAUUUUUUUUUUUUUUUUUUUUUUAAGUAGUUUGUUUUGUGCAUUUUAAAUGUCUCCACCUUGUAUAGAUCUGUGUACAGUGAGCACGAAGAUUAUUUGAGAAAAGAUAAAGUGUUUUUAUUUGAAUUUUUUGGGUAGGUGCAACUGGCAUACUGCAUUUUUUUUUUUUUUUUUUUCCGUUUCUUUGCCUUGUAGGUAUAUUCAUUAGAACAUGUGCUGGAAUUUCACAAUUGCUGCUAAGUAUAGCAUCUUGAACAACCUUCUGUGGAAAAAUAAAACUGUAGAUGCUUGUAUAUGUGUGUGUGUAUAUAUAUACAUACACAUAUGAAUAUAAGUCAGGAGGUAUUAUUUCAAUAUAAUAUGACCCUUCUGCUGUCAGGUGGCCCAGUUUGCGUUGAUAUGUAUUGCAGGUCUGUCAGGCAGUGUACAGGGUUAAUUAAAAAAAAUGCCUACUAUUCUUUCAUGGAAAUCAAAAUGUUUGGCUCAUUUUGUAACAAUGAAAAAAAAUGGACAUUUAUGCACUUUCUUUAGAAAGUUGGAAUCCAGCUCCGUUAAUGUUUUACUGAUGAAUAGCGGACAAUACUGUAAUUUUAAUUAAGUAAGCAAAUACAACAAUUUUGUAACAUACGGUGUGUGUUUUUAAGGUAUAAUCGCCCACAAUUUGUGUGGCAGAUCUGGUUAUUGGUUCAGUUUUAACCAAUUAUAUUCAGAGAAGUGCAAAGUCAGUGAC